ACUGCUUAAAACACAGGAAGAAGAAGACGAAGCAGUCUCACUUGGUGCAUGUUCGAAGGAUAUUCCACCAUAAUGUAUUUGACCGCUUGGUAAAACAGUAUCAUUUUAUAUUUUUGCUUGAUUUACUUCUGCCAGACGAUAAAGGGAGGCGGGUUGACAUACCCUACGGUUUACCCAGGCGUUAACAUGCUUCCACAGCUCUGUACACGGGCCCUGUUAUUAUGUAAAGGUCGUCCGUCAGUGUUGACACGCCGUGCUUACACAGCAGCGGUUGACCAGGCGUCUUUGCUCCGCAGUCAGACUCCUCAGCUCAACUCCAACAGGACGUCCGUGGUGCGCUGUGGUCGACAGAAAUAUGAGAGGCUAUACCCUGUGCUGCUGGUCCGUCCCGAUGGAUCUACAAUCCAUAUUAGAUACAGAGAACCCAGGCGCAUCCUUUUGAUGCCGGUCAAUCUGGCCACACUUUCUGAAGAGGAGCGUCUGCUUCGGAUGAAAAAGAGGGACGUGAGAAAAGAAGUCAAACAGACAUCCGUCCACUAUGAAGAUGACUUCGCAGCUGAGAAAUACAGUCACCUCUGGAAGAAGAAAUGAUGUUUUGAUAGGAGCAUGGACUAAAUAAGUCACUUCAUCCCUUAAAAUCAUUCUUACAAUACACACACUUUUGUCAUCUCAUGAAAAUAAAAUAAAGCAGUUUCUCAAUAAAA